AUGGAGUCCAAGAUUCCCGAUUUCCUCGCCGAACAGCAAGCAAAUGGCACCCCCGAGACGCAAACCUACUUCCUCACCUUCGAAGACCUCUGGGAGCGAAAGCUAUGGCAUCAGCUCACAGACUCUCUAGUGGAGUUUUUCCGCUUGCCAGAGAGUGCACCACAGCGGUUAGCAAUCUUCAAGAACUUCGUGCUUAGCUUUGCCGACCGAAUCAACCAGCUCAAGUUCGUUGCGCUGGGAUUGAUGGCAUCAACAGAAUGUGCUGAUGACAAAGAACGACUGGCUUUCCUCACAUCCCUCGCGGAUAAGGUUGACAAGCCCGAAUCAAAAGAUGCCUACGUGUAUGCGCUCGCCGACGUUGCCAAUGUGAAGCUACGACUACCAGAUCUGGAGGGAGCACAGAAUGACUUGGCUUCCUGCCAAAAGACUUUGGAUACGUUUGACUCAGUUGAGACGGUUGUGCAUGCGUCCUUCUACAAAGUAAACGCAGAUUAUUAUCACUCUAAAGAAGAAUUCGCCUCCUUCUACAAGAACGCCCUCCUCUACCUUGCCUGCAUUGAUCUCGAGGAACUUCCCGAAUCCGAGCGUGUUUCCCGUGCCUACAAUCUGAGCGUCGCUGCUCUUGUCUCCGACUCAAUUUACAACUUCGGCGAGCUUCUACUGCAUCCUAUCCUAGACUCUCUGACCAAGACCCCGCAUAACUGGCUCCGUGAACUGCUUUUUGCUUUCAACCGUGGCGAUUUGACUGCCUACGACGUCCUUGCGGGUAACAUCAGCAAGAACAAGUUGUUGGAGUCGCAUCGAGUAUUCCUGUACCAGAAGAUCUCUCUCGCCGCCCUUACGGAGAUGGUCUUCCGACGCCCUCCCCACGACCGCUCCCUCGCUUUCUCAGCAAUCGCCUCAGAGACUAAGGUUCAAGCUGAUGAGAUCGAGCACCUGAUCAUGAAGGCUUUGUCACUUGGCCUGCUGCGUGGCUCAAUCGACCAGGUUGCACAGGUGGCGCAGAUUCACUGGGUUCAACCCAAGGUCUUGGAUAUGAAACAGAUCGAUGGAAUGCGAAACAGACUGAAGGACUGGGAUGCUGGUGUUAAUCAGCUGGGACACUGGAUUGAGGGUGUAGGCAAGGAUGUCUGGGCCGCAUAG